AUGGCAGCCGAGGAAUACGGCCCUGUGCUGAAGCAGUGGAACAUCGACGAGGCAUCAAUAACGAAGGCGCAUGAGUCAGAGCUCGCGGAACGAAAGUACAAGUUUGCUUUCCUGAAUAGGGAAGACUCCAAGAACAUCCAGCAUGCAGCCAACGCCGCCAAAUACGCCGAAAAGACAGAGACGUCAAAGAUUCCGAAGGGAGCGCAGAAUCUUCGUGGGAAAAAAAAUGAAGCCAGAGCACGGCAAGUCGUGGAGACUAGCCUCAUACUGCUGGAGGGUAGAGCGACUGCCAGCGAAAAGGAGUUGGACUCACUUCUGGAACAACUGCAAGAGGCCGAGUUCAUGCUCAACCGAGCCGAGCGAAUGCGCUCUCAGGAAGAUCUAGUGCUACCGCUGUACGAGCCUCUUGCGCAACGGGCGGCAGAAGGCGAUUUCCGUGCUCCAUUCUUGAAUGUUUUCUGCGGUCUUACGGUGGCCUCAAACGACACCAUGUGGGAAAAGCUGACGUUCAUCACUCACCUCUUCGACAUCAAUGAUAGCAAGGUGAAAGCCUGGAUGGCAGGGAUAAUCGCACGUUCACCGAAACUGUCCGACAUUUUCGGGUCGAGUUGGAGUUUCGGGCAAAUGAGCACCGUAAUGCGAUGCAGUAUGAGCAUGGUGCACGAGUUCGAGCUCAGCAUGAUAAGCAUGAUAGACCUAAAGCACAAGGUGGCGCGCAAGCUGAUAAAGCAUCGACCAUGCCUGCAAAAGGAAAACGUUCAAGUUGUGCACGAUCGUGCAUUGGCCAUGGGCGAUGACGAUCCCCUGAAACCGGACUACUCGCGCUUUUUGCAUUCAGAUCAGAAGAGGUCAUUCUCGAAUGCGGUUUCCCUUCGCCACGGGCACCUUGAGAACCUCUCCCACUGGCGAGACACCGUUCGAAUCAAAGCGGUCACCAAGAUACAGAACUUGUUCCGUGGGAAGCUAGCGAGACAAGCAGCAGAGACGAUGGCCAAGAAGCAAGCCUUUCUUUGCGCCCGAGCGAUGGCGGUAGAAGAUACUCGCCAACGCAUCGCGGCCGAAAUUUGGAAGCGAGAAGCGGCAUCGGGUGUCGGGCGACUUAAAUGGGAUGCCAAGGCAGAUUUGCGCGACAUGGCAGGUCAACUUUGGGGGAACGGAGCCAAUUCCGUCACAGAUCUUGGCCGGCCCCAAACUCCACGAAAGGAAGGAAAGGAAGGAAGCGGUGCGGUUGACGUCGAGUCAGCCGCGAAAAUGUCAAUCCUGGCGAAUGGGUCCGUUAACGAUCCUUUCAGUGGAGGUGGUCAGCUCCCACAGAAAACCAAUGCCCCGAUGGCCGACGGCGCGCUGUCAUCCGUCGGCGGCUCCCCUUCUGUCAGACAAGGGUUCGAGCUGGACUCGGUCAUUGUUAGGGUGAACGGACAGAUGGUAAAGAUAAAGCUGACGGAGGUCCGCAAGCAGCUGAUGGUCGUGGGGGCGUUUCCUCCAGAAUUAUAUGGAGUAGGCGAGACCUUCGAGGAGAUGCGCCUAAGGGAAAAGCUGGCGGAUGCUGAUCCCGCCGUUGAGGACCUAGCACGGCGUCUCAGGAGCUGGGAUGCCGCGAUGACUCAAGUCAAAGUAGAUGGCCUCCUCGCUGAGUUGCCUACGAAGCGUUUGCUCAUGCAGUAUGCUCAAGGAUUCGUCGACCGCGCAGAUCCUCCGGGCAACUUCCAGGUUGCCGAUGGAAUGUCUGAAGCAGAGGCAGGCUACGAGCGGCGUUUCACCGCAGCAAAAUUGCAGGGCAGGUCCAUUGAGGAGGUGGAGCAAACCCACAACCGCAACAUGCUCAAAGAAGUCAAGAGAAGAAUGCAGGCAAGCAUACCACUAACAUGGGGUCAGUUGAACAACAUGAGCCGAAUCGAUGCUGCAGAGCAGGAGCUUGCCGAAAUUCGUCGGAGGGAAACUAGCGAUCGAGCUCUCAAGCAUAGAGCGGGUGGACUCCCCUAUACCGCCCAGAUACGAGAGGCCCACCGCUAUGACUGGACAAGACGCUACACUGCAGCCAUGUCAGCAGACGAAACCUCGGAAGAAGCACUAGAGAUCAAGUACCUGGAAGUUGCCAAUGUUUGCAACGACUUCUUGGAGGUGGCAAAGCACCUUGCGACAACGAUAAUCGACGAGGGCCACGUUGAACUGGUCGACAAAACUAUUCGUCCCGUGAUGGAAAGUGCUUGCAACGGGCGGGGUGUGGAAGGUAACAGAGGUCACGGUGGAAAGCGGUAUAAGUAUGAAGCGUUCAACAUUCGACUCAAGGUUUGCUGCGACGACCACGGUUUGUUCAACGGAGACGACGAGUGUGCAGCCAAAGGAUACGGAGGAAGGGGACUAUUGGGCGCUCUGGAAUAUAUGAAACAACACGAACCAGGCGAGACCAACGUUGGACUCAUCUUUGUAUUAAUAGCGUUCGAGACCAUCCCGAUGCAACACAACGAACGCUGCGGAACACUCGAUUCCGCCUCCAACAUACCCUCCUGGCGCGUGUCACGAACACAAGGUCUUUCUUUGUUUGGUGCAUUACCGUCAAAGAUCAGACUGCGCCCCUUGUCAUUCGUGGUUGUGGAACUGGCAGGCUUGAAUAUUCCUCUGACGUGCACAGUGGACUACCAUGGCUUUCGGGUUCUGGCCGUUGCUAAGGUUCCGAUCAAUACACCGAUAUUCACCAGCUCCGGGAAGCUUCGGCGGGCGCAUGAAGACAUGGUCCAUGGCACUGCUGAUGCAGGAGAUACAAUUCGCAAUGAAAAUCGAGUGUUGAAUUCGAAGCUUCAAGCAGUGGCAGAGAAACUUAACCUGAGCUUCCAUCUGGUGAAGAAAACAAUACUUCGAAGAAACAUGUUCACAGCCACGCUCGCUACGUGCGAUUUCACUGUUUACACUCUUGCACCUCGAAACAAGGGCGUGCGAGAGCUGAACAGCACAGCACUGUGGGCGACAGCUGACCUCAGGGGAUACCGGAAAGACAAGAGUACAUUUUACCUGCUCAACUUUUGGCGAGCUUUCCCAGCGGAAGACCCUACAGGCACACCUCAUCUGAAACCAUCCGCGCGUGGGCAAAGUAUAAUGUGGAGAGGGCUUCGGCCUGAACUAGUACGGUCAAAUCCGGUCCCACUUAGUCCAGAUGCGAACCUAUUGGUGACGCGUGACGCGCCCGACUGGCGUCAGCAAAGGGAUGAUGUACUCGAGGCGACAAGGCGACUUGUGAAUGAGGUUCUGCCCAGCUUUGCCGAGGAGUUGAGUCGGAAAGACAUUGGGAGUGCUGAGGGGGCUUUUGGCUACGGCUUCAACAUCACGGCCGAUAUGCACCGCAGGGGCAUCGGGGUUCGCCAUAUGGGCCUUCUUCGCGAUAUGUUAUGGAGGCCUCUACAUGGAAGCGUUGACCUGUCGUUUAACUCAAACCGCAUCCGUACCAAAACAGACAUGAGGCUGCAACUGGGGAGGGGGGACCAGGUUCGCAUCGAUGGUAGCGUUUUCACCGUUAGCGUCAAGCCUAGGCACGAGUACUCGGCAUCGUGCAUCACCCUUGACCGGAAGGUGGAAAUGAUGAGUCGUAACAACGUCUCCAUCUACAAAGGUAAGGUUGGCUCGGACAGGAAUUCCUUGGAGAUUCGCCGUCUGCUGCUGGCUGAAAUGGCGGCGAGGGCGACGAAAAAUAUGCUCCGGCAACUGCUGCGGACAUCGGCGGCGCAGAGUCACACCACGGCGCAUCAAACGCAGGUGUUGCUCACGGUCGAGUCCAUGAACAUCGUCUCUGGCAGUCAUCACCGAUCACAACAUUUCUGGAGCGAGCGACUCCUGCCAAGCAUUCGAAGUAGAUACGGCGAAUUGGCGGUUGACCACGCUGAGGAGGGUAAUAUUCGGCUCCUUCUCCAGCCAUGUAUUGUCUACAUCAUCCAACGCCUUCAGGAAAUGCUGGGGUUCGCCUUGUCGACCGCCUGUUCAAAUCAUUUCUACAGUCGUCCAUGCGGGUUCAAGUUCACCAACCUUGACAUAACUAACGCGCCCAUGAGAAUCAAGCACAACGCGCCGAUGAAAGAGGUAGCGGAAGCUUCUAUGCUCGUGCUACGGGCAAACAAGGCUCGGGCUACCGACUAUGUGCAGCUGGUGCAAAGGGCUCAACCGGAGCUGUAUUUGACUCUCGAGGAGCGCAAGGGCUCGAGGGUGGCUGUCAACCACGGCCAGGGAGGCAUAGCCCUUAGCGGAUAUUAUGUUGGUCCCAUCAAAUUCGAGCGGCCAGGACCAAUCGCAAAUGACCCUCUGAACAGAGCCGUGCAGCUGCAGCCAGCGGCGCAUUGUCGCAUUGACACCAAAAACACCGGAAGGCGCCUUGCGCCUAUGCAGUCACAUCUAUCGUUCAGCGUGGAGAGCUGGGCGAAGUGCGAAGGAGGUCUAGAUACCACUCGCUACGUUCUCAUGACUGGCAGGUGGGUCCGACGUAGGCUUACAAUCGACGAUCCAACGCUGUUUGAGCCACGCUGCCAAAACGAACGCCCCCGAACGGUGGUCAACUUUCUGCUCUGCCAAUGGUUUCUCACCUGUACUGCUAUCCACAGGUACUCUCUUUUGGCUACAAGAGAUAACUGCUGGGCCGCAUCAAUUUGCACAGAAGACGGCUCUGAACUCUAUGUUCUUGGGCCAAAGGUCGUGCAUGGAGAGUGGGUACACCUGGUUGUCAUCUACGACGGAGUUAUCGUGCGCAUGUACGUCAACGCCGAACUCGUGGCCCAGAUGGAAGUUCAUGUGGCCGUGGAACGCGUGAGAUCAGAGAAGAAAGCUGAGCAGGACAGGGCUUUGGCAGCUAUACAGGAGGAGGAAAACCGGGCUCGUGAACGAUGCAAAGCUGUGACAGAGAGGGAGCUUGACGCGUACUGCAAAACUCGCGAAGGAGAGGCCCAGUUAACACGUGCCGCGAAUAAGCUUCGUGAAAAGGCGACUCUCGCGUCGCAGAUGGACCGCGAUGCCGCCAAGAAAGGCGUGGUAAAACUGUCGAAGGCGGACGCAAAGGCGCAGGCCCGGCUAGACUUCAAGACUGAGAUGUACAUGCGAAACGUCCAGAAGGUCGCUGAAAAGUAUAAACGUAAGCGUGACGAUCUCCAAGAUUUAGUUGCACAGGAACUCGAAGAGAUAUGCGGACGUGCCGAAAAGCCGUUACGAGUGGGGGCGAUGUGCCGAUGUAAACGAUCGAAGACCGGACGAAAUUUCUUCAGCGGGGAUCUAUGCCACGUGGCCGUGUACCUGUCGGCGUUGCCCGUCGACACGGUUAGAGCCCAUCAUUUCGCCGGCGUUCAAGCGACCGCGAGAGAGAGUGACCGUCUCUACAUGCUAGCCGGUGUCAAGUUCCAAGCAGCCCUGGCCGUUGCUCCUGAUGACAUCGAGAUCAUAUCACGCUACGCCCAAAGCGUGAUAAACUAUCUUGAGCUGGAGUCAAUGCAGAGCAAAAAUCCACGGCGAAGCCAACGCAUGGUGGAGGAAGCAGUGGAUAUGUUUGUGCGGAUGGAGAAUUGGGAUGGGCUUGCCGUCAUAUUCAGCCGGCUACCUUCAGCUCCGCUGUACGCAGGUUCUUUCUGCCAAGCCUUCCUUGCCACGGUGGCUUCAGUUCCGGGCUACUUCGCUUCGUCACUACACAUGCCGUUGAAGAAUCUGGCGCACAUGCCGAAAAAGUUUUACCUGGAUAUUGCGGGUGCUGACGAGAUCAUGAUCGAGGUAGCUGCGGCGGUGUACCGCCUAGUGCUCUCAGACCUCAGCCUGGCCGAUAGUUUCGGGCAAGUGGACCUUUCAUGGCUACCUGUGAUCAAGUCAGCUCCCACUGUGGUCGCGACAGUCUUACAGGCGGAAUCAGAUGACGACGAACGAAUUGUCGAUCUCGAGAAGUAUCACUUGGAUUGCUCCAAUGUGCAAGAAACCGACGUGAAGGCACUCAUCAACAACCGCCGGCUCGCGGUAGUUCUGAAUUUGACGGGCUGCAAGUGGGUCACCGACGAGAGUAUGGAGCACGUCGCCAAAGUCCUUGUGCACCUUCAAGCUUUCACUGUAUCGGGGUGCCAGCUUAUUACGGACAAGCAUCUCGAACGAAUCAUGCGGCGCAACGGAGGGCUGGCCGUUCUCGGUCUGAGUAGGUGUCCAGGCAUCGGCUCGCUCGCCCUAGCUCGUAUUCCUUAUAUCUGCCAGGGCCUGAAAACUGUCGACCUCAGCCACAACGCCAACGUCACGGAUGACGUACUCGGUCAAUUGGCCAGGUGCUGCCGGAGGCUAGGAACGCUGUACCUCCAGUAUUGUUCUUUUGUUACAGAUGUCGGGGUACAGACGCUUGCGGUGGAAGUAAACCACGAAACCCUCACGUCCUUGGACCUGAGUGGGUGUGUGUUGUUGUCUGAUUACAGCAUCGUAGCGUUGGGGCAGCUCUGCCGGAAGCUACGGCGCCUCAACCUGAAAGCCUUGAACCGGGUGACCGAAGAGGGAGCAAGCAGCGUCACGCGAAAUUGCUGGGACAUGGAGUACCUGUGCUUGGAGGACAUGUACAACCUUAUGGACAGCGCGUUCGUGUUCGAUUUUUCAGUUGAUGGAAGGAGAGCUGUGGAGGCGAACAUGCUCACGAGCGUCACCGACAUCAACCUUCACGACUGCAACAAGCUCACGGACACAGCAGUGGAUCACAUAAUGAAGCGCGCCUGUCAAAUUCAAACCCUUAAUUUGGCGGGGUGCUGCAACCUCACCGACACGGCUUGCGCAUAUAUUGUUCAAGACCCAGUUUCAGGGUCAAGGAGAGGAGCCUCUCUUACGUCGCUGAAUCUAGGGUAUUGCCUGAACAUCACCGACAAAGGAGUGGCACGUUUGGUGGCGUCUGCUACGAAACUUCUACACAUCAAUCUCGCUGGGUGUGUGCAGCUUACAGAUGAGGGUGUCUUGACGCUUGUGUCGAUGUGUACUAGAUUGCAGGAAGUUGUCUUUGCCCAGUGCAAACACCUGACGGACAAAACUCUGUGUUACCUUGCAGACUUUCUGUGGGUGGAAGAGUUGGACAUUUCACACUGCAGCAAGGUAUCAGACGAUGGAAUGGAAGUGAUUGCGAUUGAAUUUGCAGGCUUGCGCAGUCUUAACCUCAAACGGUGUAGUCGUCUUACUGAACGCACCCUUGAUGUACUCAGCAUGUACUGUUCGCAUUUGAAGCACGUUGAUCUUCGAGAUUUGUCGAAUUGUGGUGGAAAUGCGGUUGAUAGGCUCAAGCAAGCACGGCCACAGCUGGUAAUCUUGACCUAGAAGGAUUUGCGUCAAGGAUUUCGACGUAGGAACAGGGACGGAGGACUGAUCGAAACUAUAUACGCGAGACCAAAGUCAGAUGUGUUUCUACAAAUAAAGUAACACAGGAAGUACCAGUUCUCCCUACUCC